AUGUAUGCUCUAAUACGACAAUUUUGCACUUAUGAAGACGACAGCAAAGAAUAUGGUCUUGGAGCUAUUCUCCUAAACAAGCUACCGCGCCACGUGAGGAGCCGGAUCUACGACAAAACCAACAACCAAGCCAAUCUCACCCCAACAGCACUCAUCCGCAUUCUCACGGACAUUGUCAGGAAAGAAUCCACGUUGCGCGAAAUGGAGUUCCAGGAACCCGACUCUACGAACAGGUACACGUAUCACGUCAUUCGUAAUCAAACGCAGAUAAUCCGUUCAAAGAAGGUCACACCAUCCUUCCGUCAGAAAAGAUGCAACUUUUGCUCGAAGAUGAAUCACAACUCUUUCAACUGCCAGACAUAUAAGACCGCAUCAGAAAGAAUCCAGGUCGCAAAAAACAACCGCCUCUGCUUCAACUGCUUGUCGGGAAAUCACCUAACGAAGGAUUGCACUUCGAAGAAAACGUGUUCUCAUUGCUCAAAACGACAUCAUACCUCACUCUGCUUGAGAAAUUCUCCCAGACCACUCGCAUCAACGACAAUGGAGACGCCGCCUGUUCAGGCAGCUAAUGGUAGCGAACAUCCUAACCAAAUUCAGAAGAACCGAUUUCAUCGACCAUCACAGCGACAACCUCACGAACGGCAGGGUCACAUACACUUCUCCGAACAACCUUCACUCCCACCUAACCUUGCGGAACCAGCCACUACCCUUCACACCACUCAGCUACCACAGGGAGCAGUCAAACCUCCACUAAUGUGUGCCGACGUCGCACUUUUCAACCCAGACGAUGAAAGUAAGGAAACUCACGUCACAGCUCUACUGGACACAGGAGCUUCCCAAUCCUACAUCUCAAACGACCUGAUCGAACAACUCCAACUACGACCUUCGAACCCACAACGAAUCACAAUGUUCGGAACGGAAGAACUAAUAUCAAUGGAAGCCACUAAUCACGAAAUCGGCAUCCGCUGCACGGACAACACCACACAUCUUCUCCACGUCCAAGCACUACCUGUGCUAACCAGGGAAAUCAAGUACGCAUCGAUCCUCAGAGAAAAUGAAGACAAUCAGCACCUCGUCAGAAAAAUCGCCACGCCGAAGCUUCUCAUAGGUAUGGAUUACCUUUGGGACCUCGUUUUUCACGAUCAGUUCAGCAUAUCUUACCUACCAAACGGAUAUCGAAUCUUCGAAACUCGAAUCGGCAAAAUCGUAGCGAACAACACCUUCCGACUCAACGCCUCGAAUGACGUCGUCUUCACCUUCUCCACUUCAAUGACCAAUCCUGCUCGCCACUCCGACUUGGUAGAACUCGUUGAACGUUUCUGGUCAAACGAAUCUUUAGGAAUAGUCGACAAUCCCAAUCAAUCCGAUGAUGACAAGUGCUUGGAAGACUUCAACACCUCAAUCAAGUACAACGAGCAGGAACGACGAUAUUCGGUAAAACUUCCAUUCAAAGGUAAUCCAUCAGAACUACCAACUAACCGCGAUCUCGCCUUCUCUCGAUUCCUGUCGAAUUUGAAAGCCCUUCAAAAGAAUCCAGAAUACAUGAAGAAAUAUCACGAAAUCUUUGCAGACCAGCUAAAGAGAGGUAUAAUAGAAGAAAUCGAUGAAUGCCGAUCAGCCAACAUUAGUCAUUACCUCGCUCACCAUGGUGUCAUCAGCGAGUCGAAAAAACACACGAAGGUACGCUGUGUUUUCGAUGGUUCAGCAAAAAAGAAAGGAGGAAUGAGCAUCAACGAGGUACUCGAUAAAGGACCAACCCUACUACCAGACCUACUCGGAGUUCUUCUUCGAACAAGAACAAUGCCAAUACUGGUCUCCAGCGAUAUUGAAAAGGCCUUCUUGAUGGUAGAACUUCAGGAACAGAGUCGAAACUACACCCGAUUUUUCUGGCUGCGAGAUCCUACAAAACCAGCAGAUUGUUCGAAUAUAGUCGUCUACAGAUUUCGUCGCGUUCUCUUCGGCCUCAUAUGUUCCCCGUUCCUACUUGCUGCAACCAUCCACUACCAUCUUGCAAGUACAGGAACACCGCUCGCGAGAAAAAUACUGCGGAACAUCUACGUCGACAACGUAUUUUACGGAAUAUCAUCUGUGGACGAAGGAAAACGAUACUACGAAGAUUCGAAACAACUUUUCCAGAACGCAGGAAUGAAUAUCAGAGACUAUGUCAGCAACAAUCAGGAACUGAACAGAUUCAUGGAGGAACAAGAAAAAUCCAAAGUCGACGAACAAUGCAAAAUCUUAGGCGUGACAUGGAAAACUACUACGGACGAAUUCAAAAUACACCUACCAAGAUGUACAACAGGAACAACAUGGACAAAAAGGAGAGUGCUACAAAAAGUAGCAAGCACCUACGAUCCCUUCGGUUGGAUCUCACCAGUCGUACUCGUGGGAAAAAUUUUCAUCCAAAAAUUGUGGACGGAAAAUAUCACCUGGGAUGAAUCACUACCACAACACCUGCUUGAGGAAUGGACGCAAAUCAGCGAGUCGUGGACCUUGUCUUCGGUGACCUUUCCACGUUUGCUAAUACAAAACAACGCACCCGACGCAAAAUACGACAUCCACGUCUUCACCGAUGCGUCACAGUCCGCAUACUCCGCCUCUUCCUACUUGCUGGAAAAGAUCAAUGGUCAUCCGAAACGAGCAAUGCUAUUGGUUUCAAAAUCACGUCUGGCUCCGAAGAAACCUCUGAUGACCAUACCAAAACUGGAACUCUCGGGUCUACUCAUCGGCGCCAAUCUACUCCACUAUCUGAAACUCCACUUGGACAUCCCGAUAGACCGAUCUUUCCUGUGGUCGGACAGCAGAGUCGCUCUCUCAUGGACACAGUCAGACAAGGACCUUCCCAUAUUCAUACGUAGCCGCGUUCGAACAAUUCGAGAAAAGGCUAAAGAUGCAAUAUUCCGUCACAUACCAGGUUCACUAAACCCUGCAGACGUCGCAAGCCGGGGAUGCACAAUCAACGAACUGAUUUCCAACAAUCUCUGGUGGAAUGGACCAAGUUUCCUCCUCGAAGAAGAAGACACGUGGCCAAGCGAAAAGAUUGACUCAGAUGCCGAAGAACACCUUGCAUCCACCGUAUGCUGUACUACACAUCAAGAGCCAGAAAAUGAACCGAUGACACCAGUCGUGGAAUCUGAAAGGUUCAGCAAAUGGACCUAUAUGCUGAGGACACUCGUGACGAUCCUCACCUUCAUCACCAGACUUUCGACGAAGGCUGCCCAACACUUCGGAACUACGAAGAAUGCUUUAAGAUCCACAGCAGAAAUAAUUCUAUUCCGAAUGGCUCAAAUCGAGGACCCACCCUGCAGUGAUCUGCAACGUCAACUUACACUCUUCAAAUGCGGACGGACAAACUUGUUCAGAGUUCGAACAAGAAUCUAUGAGUCUGCACUACCUCCGGAGACGAAAGAACCGAUUUUACUUCCACGUAAAAGCAACAUCACCGAACUAUUCAUCCUACACGUCCACAAACUGAAUCACCAUUCUGGAACAGAAUAA